GCACGGCCCCUGACCGGGGGCCCAGGCACUCGCAAAUCUCUCGGUCUGCUAAUCACUUUCUCUUCUACCUUUCUGAAGAAGCAGUGUGAGGUUACGUCAGACCACCAAAAGUGCAGGCCAAGCAAAUGAGCGGCUGAGGAGCUAUUUGUAGGCAUUGCUGCUGAAGCCGGGGACGGCUGCUCACCCUUCUGCGAUCAAUGCUUUAAACUCGCUAUAACACUAAGCAGCAUGCACCGCAUUUCUUUAUUUCGUUGGGAAUGAAUGCACUUGGAGAAAUGGGAUAUUGCGCAUCCAUCCAGUGCGCGUAAAAGCGCAAUUAGUUGGAAUUCAACAUUUAAAUCUAAAAAAAUGAAAACUUAAAAGGAGCGCGGCACACGAUGACGAUUCUGCAUAUUUCAGCAGGCAGAUUGUUGCGUUAUAAGAUACGUUUCUAUUAAAUCUCUUUUGCUUUGAAUUCACCAUGCCUCACGCGCGCAACAGGAACCCGAGUCCAAUCCCUGAGGGGUCAUGGGACACUGGAUUGAAAGAGAUGAACGAGACCUGGAAGGGGGCUAUUGCUUGCUUGGGGGUUGCCAUCUUUUUUGUCAUGACAAUUGGGAUCAUUUAUUGGCAAGUUGUGGAUCAGCCCAACAAGAACUGGAUUCUGAAGGGGACUUUCAGCGGGCUUAUAUGGGAGAGGCGGACGCAAACCCUGGUCAUCCAGACACUGAGCGAGGACAAAACUUUCGCCGAGAUUGACGUCGGGAACGUGGGGAACCCCGACAUUGAGGUUCCCUUCGUAAGGAACUUGUGCUGGCUUAACAAAACCGAGUUCUGCUAUACAUGGGACUCUGUUGCAGAGGUGAAAAUAUCUUUGGAAACAGAGGAGGCAUCGGAAACUGAAUGCUACACUGUAACCUGGUCUCCAAUUCACUGUCAUGUGGACCUAAAGGACUGUUUCUCCAUGGCGAACGUUUCGUGGUACGGAGGCGCCAGCGUCCACGCGCCCAGCUGGCCAAUAAACGACGCAAACAUUUCCAUGCAAUCCUUCAGAGUCAGCGACCUGAGGGACAACCCCUCUGGCUUCGGAUCGGUUUUAGAGCGUUACUUCCUGGGAUCCUCAGGUGUGUCUGUUCUAGUGGCUCCGAACGUCCCUCUACAUGUGGGAUUUGAAAGCAGACAGCAAUUUUGUUUGCAAACCCCCGCCAGUAUGGAGCGACCGCCCCUGCAGUACACCGUGUGCGUCGGACACAACGUUAAAGCCGUCCAUCAGGAGUCAAUGCGGCAGCUCUCCACAGCCACUCGACAAAUGCCGAACAUGGAUGUCUUAAGGUUGCCCUUUUGGAAGUUUCUAGCAAAUGUGGACUCUGGGGCCAAGCUUGAGAAAGAGCUGAGAACCUUCUCAAACCGUCUGAAGAGGCAUCGCCUCAGUGAGGGAGUUAUCAGACUCGAUGAACAUUCCACUGCUCUCCUCUCCAACAUGGACCACAGCUACCUCAAUAGCAAGAAAAGGACGUCUAAGAGACAUACCAGGGACAUCCCUUUUGUAAAGCUUCUGAACAUUUCCAUCACCCUCUCCCCGUACCUGAGCGUAGAUUCCCAGCAGUUCCAAACAUCCAUGCAAGAAGGCAUUGAAGAUUACUGGCUGAGCCUGCCGUCGGGUCCACAGGGUCGACUGGUGCCUCUGUUGACCCAGUGGAAAGGAAAAUACAGUGUGAAGCUCAACAUCACCAACCCAAAAGCCACUCAUUGGUUUCUGGACAAUGUAGACAUCUUGCAUAGCCAUUUGGGUAUGGAGUAUGUCAUACUGGAAGGCGGCGAGGGAAACCCUUUUGAGGAACAGGCACUACGCUCCCCUCUUGCACUGGUUGGGGACGAGUACAUCGGGCUCCUUGCUCAACUUGCAGAAAGGAUAGGGGACAAUACUAUUGUGACCUCAGGAACAAGGUCCAGCCACAAGCCGCUGUUCAUCCAUAUGAGUGCACUGCAGUCCGACUGGAGUUACUCGGGCCUCAAGGGCAUCAUUCCAUCCCUACUGCAUCACAGUCUUUUGGGAUAUAAUUUCUUCAUUCCUGAUGCAGUAGGAGGAUCACUCUCUGUCGAACCGGUUGAAGACGAAGAGCUUUUUGUCCGCUGGCUGGGGAUUGUGGCUUUCCUUCCUGUCAUCAGCUUCCAGACACCUCCAUGGGCCUUUGAGAAUGAAUGGGUCCUAAACAUCACCAGAUUCUACAUUACCAAGCACCAUGACUUUGUAGUUCCUCUGAUACUGAAAUAUGCAGACGAAUGGCAAACUAAUGGAACCCCCAUCUACAGACCACUAUGGUGGCUUAGCCCAGACGACCCAAUUACAUUCACCAUUGAUGAUGAGUUCCUUAUAGGAGAUGAGGUUCUUGUUGCACCUGUGACUGAAAAAGAAGCUUUACGAAGAGACAUUUAUCUGCCCGCAAGUGACUUUCAGUGGCAGGACACAAAAAAUGCUCAAGUGUUUGACGGAGGGACGUUUCUGGAAAGUUACCCUGUUGGCCCCGGGGACGUGCCGGUUUUCGUACGACAACGAUCCUGAGGAUUAUUUUUGUACCAUUUUUGAAAAUUUCACUUCUUGUGAAAUUGCACUUUCCACAAAGACCAUUAUAUGUGUCUCAAGGUGAAUUGAGAGUAGAUAGAAGAUCAUUUUACAUUUGCACUUUAAAAAGUGAUUUAUAUUUUCUCACGAUUUUUACAUCUCUCCUGUUUUUCUCUCCAGUUUUGUUUUGUUAAUCAUGAGCUUCUUGGCUUUAUCCUUGGAACGCUGUGGUUUACACUUGAUCAAUUCUUACGGCCUCCCAAACGUUCACGGUUUCCAACUCUCAUGACCUGGAGCUGGAACUCGAACACUUUUUUGCUUAACACAAUCAGUGGGAUUUUAUGAUGAAGACGACCAAACAAUCACAAAAAAUGCUAAAUCGUAUGAGCAAAUAUAGACAACAAGGAAAAUCCGUUGAGCUACAGUUGAAUGAAGACAAAAAAACUCAACUCGGACGGGUUUUUGCUUUAACUUUAAUGAAUGAGUUUUGUAAUGUUUUAAAAUGUACCUCAACUUUUCAUGAUGACUUUUUUUAGGGAAAAAAUGUGUGGAAUUACAAGAAGCACUUACUGAUGGAAAUUGAAAUGAAGGGGUUUUUAGUAAAUACAGCACAAUCAUUUUUGACAAUGAAAGAGAAAACGUUGAGCCAUUUGCAAACAAAUCAUAUCUGUACAGUCUUAGCUUUAAUGCCACAUACUAAUUUAAAAUAAUUGUUUCAUAAUGAUUUUUUGAUAUUAUGUUGAUUUUAAUGAUUUGUUUAGCUUUCUACAAUUGAUCACAUAAUACCAGUAUUUAUACAAGUAGCGAUCAAAUUGAAAUUAUAAUAUUUCAAAGUAGAAUUAGCAUUUUAUAUCAAUUCUGAUUCAGACUAAACGUGAUCAUUCAGACAACUGCCUUAACGUUACAAAUACUUUGAGUACUGUGGACAUUUGUGUAUUUUGUGCUCACACACUGCAAAAAAUGAUUUUCAAGAAAAACAAUUCUUAGUAUUUUUUAGUAAAAAUAUCUAAAAAUUCUUAAAUUAAGAUGCUUUUUCUUGAUGAGCAAGAAAAUAAGUCUAGUUUUUAGACCAAAAAUAUCAAAUGUAAGUGAUUUUGUGCAUAAAACAAGCAAAACAAUCUGCCAAUAGGGUAAGCAAAAAAAUCUUGAACAUUUUUCUUAAACACUAAAUUCAAGAAAUAAAUGGUUACCCCAUUGACAGAUUUUUUUGCUUGUUUUAUGUACAAAAUUACUUAAAUUUGAUAUUUUUGGUCUAAAAACUAGAAUUAUU